AUAAAAUUAUUCGCUUUUAGUUCGUUGUAAAACUGCUUCAAAUAAAUUACAAAAUUUAUUUGAAUUUAGACCAUAAUAAAACAAAACUUAAAGCCUCUGUUUCAGUAUAGCAGUACAAGAAAGAACUCGUGAAACUUCGCUUCGUCACGAAAUCUACCUAGUUAAUAAAAAAUACACCUGUUCGUAUCUUCCGAGCUAUCGUGCUACGAAAAAUUUUAAACGGAAAGUUUAACUAACUAGAAGUGAGCAUAAUGACCGCCACCGUGGAUCCGCGUCGACCAGAAAAGGUUAAUCGCUACAAACCGGUUGAUUCGGGAAACCAAGGAGCUGGCGUUGGAGAUGACCUGAUGCCAGAUUACAUGAAUAUCCUAGGGAUGAUAUUUUCCAUGUGUGGUUUGAUGAUGAAACUGAAGUGGUGCGCGUGGCUGGCUCUGUACUGUUCUUGCAUCAGUUUUGCCAAUUCACGAGUCAGCGACGAUGCCAAACAGGUGCUGUCGUCGUUCAUGCUUAGCGUUAGUGCGGUUGUUAUGUCGUAUCUGCAAAAUCCGACUCCAAUGACUCCACCUUGGCAGUCAGUUUGAAUUUGUUAUUAUUACAGUUUGUCCACCUGGUUUUAGUUUCCGUCAGUAAUAAAAAUUUUGACCAUACUAUAAAGAUGAUUUUUAUGCAAUCAAAAUUAGUUCAGUUGUUCAAUACACCGUACAUCUGCUGCACCGUCAACUUUUAAACUACAAAGUGCUUGAACGAAUAACAUCUGGACAACUGGAUGUUUUGGAUAUACAUAAAGAAUGAAAUAAAUU